AUGGCUCGUUUAUUCAUUUUUUCUAUUGGAUUAUUGUUAUUUGUAUCUUUUUGUUCAUCAACAUUAAAUGUAGAAGGUUCAUCAAAACGUUUAUUAGUAUUACUUGAUAAUUUGGGUAUACGAGAAUCACAUUCAUUCUAUUUUAAACAAUUAAAAGAUCGUGGAUUUGAAAUAACAUUUAAAUCAUCUGAUGAUAGUAAUAUUCAAAUUGUUAAAUAUGGUGAAUAUCUUUAUGAUCAUAUUAUCAUCUUUGCACCUUCUACAAAAGAAUUUGGUGGACGUUUGGAUGCUGCAAUUUUAACACAAUUUGUUGAUGCUGGUGGAAAUGUUCUUGUUGCAGGCAGUAAUGUAAUUGGUGAUGUUAUUCGUGAAUUUGCUGGUGAAUGUGGUAUUGAAUUUGCUGAUGAUAAAAGUUCGGUUAUUGAUCAUAUUAAUUUUGAUGUUAAUGAUGAUGGACAACAUACAUUAAUUGUUGCAAGUCCAAAUAAUCUUCUUUCAUCGGAAUUAAUUGUUGGACAAUCAAAGAAAAAUAGUUUACCAUUCCUUUUCCGAGGAACUGGAAUGUCAUCGGAUCCAGAUAAUCCAUUAUUACUUGAUGUUUUAACUGCUUCAUCAACAUCAUAUACAGCUAAUCCUGAAGAAAAGACAUUAUCUGAAUAUCCAGCUACAGUUGGUAAACGAACAUUAUUAAUAUCUGUUCUUCAAGCUCGUAAUAAUGCUCGUGUUGGUUUUGUUGGUUCAUUGGAUUUUUUUAGUAAUGAAUUUUUUCAAAGUUCAGUACAAUCAAAUAAUGGAAAGAAACAUGAUAAAACAGGUAAUCAAGAUUUAGCUAUAGCAUUAUCGGAUUGGUUAUUUAAACAACGUGGUGUUUUACGUGCAAGAAAUAUUCGUCAUUAUUUAAAAGAUGAUAAAUCAACACCAAGAUUUUAUACAGUUAAAAAUGAUAUUGUAUUUAGUAUACAAUUUGAUGAAUUUGUUCAUGGAAAAUGGAUGCCAUUUAAUGGAACAGAUGUUCAAUUAGAAUUUGUUCGUAUUGAUCCAUUUGUUCGUACAACAUUAAAUAAUAAAGGUGGUCAACUUGAAACACAAUUUCGUGUUCCAGAUACUUAUGGUAUCUUUAAAUUUGUUAUUGAUUAUAAUCGUAUUGGUUAUACACAUUUAUAUACAGCAACACAAGUCUCUGUUCAUCCUUUACGUCAUACAGAAUAUGAACGUUUUAUUACAUCGGCUUAUCCAUAUUAUAUUUCAUCAUUUUCAAUGAUGGUCGGUGCAUUUCUUCUUAGUUUUAUUGUACUUUAUCAUCGUGACGAUAUACCAAAGAAAAAAGCUGAAUAA